AUGGCAGCGGCCGCCUCUCUCUCGGAUCACACGCAGGAGCGGCAGCCGACGUGGCGGAAACACGGGAGCUGCCCGCCGGGGACCGUCGCUAUCCGCAGGGACUCGCCCCACGCCAGGCCGGAGGUCGCGCGCCGGGCCUCGCCGUUCCGGCGCCCCGCCGGCGCCGGCUCGUCGUCCAUGCAGCCGCAGCUCCCCGAACUGUACAUGGACAACAUGAAGGGCAAAGUGGAGGUGGCCGCCGCGUACGCCUGCAACCAGGCGUACCUUGGGGCCCGGGCGACCGUGCCGUACUGGAAGGUUGACGUCCAUCCCGACGAGCUCUCCAUGAACUAUCUUUUGGUUGGGCACACGCUGGACAAUCGUUUCAGGCCGUUUCCAGGGGGCCAACCGCCCCCAGUUCUUAACAAUCAGAUUGCCGUUGGCCUCGUGAACGACGGUGGAGUCAACAAUAACUGCUUCAACCUGGACUGUGGAGGAUUCCAUCUUUACCCAAGCUCGUACGCUCUUGGGAGUUCGGUCAGCAACGCCGACUCCCAGGUCGGAGGCGAGAGGUACGGCGUGCCGGUCGGCAUACACAGAGACCCGACCGGGGAGAUUUGGGUGGUGACGGUGUCGGACCACCCGAUCGGCUACUACCCGGAGACGGUGUUCGACACGACCUUCCCGGAGGCCUUCUACGUGGAGAUGGGCGGGCGGGUGCUGGACACCCGGCCCGGCGGCAACCACACGUCGACGCCCAUGGGGAACGGGAUCCCGUCGUGCGCGGGCUCCCGCUUCGCGGCCACCAUCAUGGACUACCACGCGGUGGGCUACACCGGGGUGCUCGUCAACGACAAGGCCGACCGGACCGUCACCACCACGCCCAGCUGCUACGGCGCCAAACCCCUGGGCCCCGACCCAACCAGGGCUAAUGGGUACAACGUUGCGUAUGGGGGCCCAGGAGGGAUCUACUGCGACAAACCUGAGUAG